UUUACACUACUGUAUUGUUAUACUCUGAUAUCUUGUGACGCAGACUGUGUUUAAAUGAACUAAGGUUGGUUCCACAGUGUGUUGGUAAUUGGAGACUGAAGAAUCUUCCUGUGAUGUUUUCUGUAGUGUGGAGCAGCAGUGAAGCCCCCCCUGCUCCUUCUCCCCAAACAACAGAUUCCUCCACCCAGACCUCCCAGCCCACACUGGCUGCCCACUCCCAGGGGCAGGUCACGCUGCGACGUAGCAACAACGACGGCAGGAACCCGCGCCGGCCUCGACCGUCCUCUAUGGUGGACUACCAGAGCUACAGACACACACAGGAGCUGGUCAGGAAAAUCCUGGAGCAGCCAGCCACACAGGGUCUGGCCCCCGAGGUCCAGGAACUGGUGGAGAGCAUACGACAUGUCCUGCAGUCGGAUCAGGAGCACAUGGAGGAGGCGGUGCGCUGUGCCAGUUACAUAGAACAGGUGUUCACUGACUCACGAAUGGGUCCCGCUCAACCCAAACCCGCCCAGCAACAGCAGCCGGCGAGCACGUCCUGCCAGACUUUUCCCCACCACCGCAGGAGAAGACCUGGUCUGCUGCACCUUCAGAGCUGCGGGGACCUGAGCUCAUUCACCUGCGCCGCACUCGAGUCUUUGGAGCAUCGAAGAAACAGCAGGAGGGCAGAAUCCAGAGCGAGUUCCAGGUCCACGUCGAGGACAGGAUCCCGCCCGGAUCUUCCUGAUCGGCCUCACAGUCUGAUCGGAGUUUUUAGAGAGACUGUGCUCUGAAGUGAAGCCAAACAGUGUUAGCAUCAUUAUUGUAGGUGGCAGCACAGCUGAGGCGCCGCUGCCUUUAACUGUGGCGAAAACUUUUUAACCCAUGGACUGCAACCACUGACCGUGUGUGUGUGUGUGCGUGUGCGUGUGUGGACAUGUCCAGUGUCCGAGGACGUGACAUUGACAGAGAUUCUGGUUAAUGAACGCGAGCCUUGUACAGACAGACGAUGUCACGCCUUGUUAAAUGUGGGCUAUACAAAUAAAAUUUGAUUGACGGAUUGAAA